CGUAAGCUAAAGCUAGCAAGUGGAUCCAGCGGUGCCAACCGAGGAGGAAACGAGCUAACUACCCGCAACCCGUGGAAAAACCUAAAGUUGAGGGGUUUGAACUUCCGAGCUUUCAAAUCCUGCUGCUCACACAACAUGCGCGUACUUUGAUCCAUGGAAGUUAAUGUUUAAUUUCAGGGAUUGUAAAACGGUUUCAAGGUGGCGACAGAAAAGGUUGCAGGCAAGCUGAGUUCUACUCUCUCAUGGGUGAAGAAGUCAGUGUCCCACACCGUCAGUCAGAUGGCUAGCCAGGUGGCCACACCCUCCUCCCUGCACACCACCGCCUCCUCCUCCACCACCACCCUCUCCUCACCCGCCCUCACGCCUUCCUCUCCCACCGAGCUCAGCCCAGACGAGGUGGAGCUCCUGGCCAAGCUGGAGGAGCAGAACCGGCUCCUGGAGACCGACAGUAAGUCCCUGCGCUCGGUGGACGGCUCGCGGCGGAAUAGCGGCUCCUCUCUGGUGUCCAGCUCCUCCGCCUCCUCCAACCUCUCCCACCUGGAGGAGGACUCCUGGCUCCUCUGGGGCCGCAUCGUCAACGACUGGGAGGACGUGCGGAAGAAGAGGGAGAAGCAGCUCAAGGAUCUGGUAAGGAAAGGGAUACCACACCACUUCAGGGCUAUAGUGUGGCAGCUGCUGUGCAGUGCCCAGAACAUGCCCAUUAAGGACCAGUACUCAGAGCUGCUGAAGAUGUCGUCACCCUGCGAGAAGCUCAUCCGCAGAGAUAUCGCCCGGACGUACCCUGAGCACGAGUUCUUCAAGGAGAAGGACAGCCUGGGCCAAGAGGUGCUCUUUAACGUUAUGAAAGCGUACUCUCUCGUGGACCGGGAGGUCGGUUACUGUCAAGGAAGUGCGUUCAUCGUCGGACUGCUGCUCAUGCAGAUGCCGGAGGAGGAGGCCUUCUGUGUGUUUGUGAAGCUGAUGCAGGACUACAGACUGAGGGAGCUUUUCAAGCCCAGCAUGGCCGAGCUGGGACUCUGCAUGUACCAGUUUGAGUGCAUGAUCCAGGAGCAGCUCCCAGAGCUCCACCAGCACUUCCAGGCCCAGAGUUUCCACACCUCCAUGUACGCCUCCUCCUGGUUCCUCACCAUCUUCCUCACCUCCUUCCCCCUUCCUGUCGCCACCAGGAUCUUCGACAUAUUCAUGUGCGAGGGCCUGGAGAUAGUGUUCCGUGUGGGGCUGGCCAUUCUCCAGAUGAAUCAGGGGGAGCUCAUACAGCUGGACAUGGAGGGGAUGUUACAGCACUUUCAGAAGGUCAUUCCACACCAGCUGGACAGCGGCCCUGACAGGGUGAUCCUGAUCGCGUAUCAAGUGAAGUACAAUGCCAAGAAGAUGAAGAAGUUAGAAAAGGACUAUACUACAAUCAAGACAAAGGAGAUGGAGGAACAGGUAGAAAUCAAGAGGCUCCGUACAGAGAACCGGCUUUUGAAACAGAGGAUUGAUACCCUGGAGAAAGAAAGUGCUUCCUUGGCAGAUAGAUUGAUCCAGGGACAAGUGACAAGGGCUCAGGAGGCAGAGGAAAACUACCUUAUUAAGCGGGAGUUGGCCACGGUCAGACAGCAGUGCGAGGAGACCAGCGCCCAGCUGGAGCACGCCCAGAGCGUCAUCCUGCAGCUCCAGCAGCGGGAGCAGCCACAAGGGGAGAAGCGGAACCCGCGCUACACAGAGGACUUCAUCCUGCAGCUGGAGAGGGAGCUGGUGCAGGCCCGCCUGAAGGAGGCAGAGUCGCAGUGCGCCAUGAAGGAGUUGCAGGACAAGGUUCUGGACAUGGAGAAGAGGAACACGGCCCUCCCGGAUGAAUAUAACGUGGCUCAGCUGCAGGAGGAGCUGAUCGGGGUGAAGCUGCGGGAGGCCGAGGCUCUGACCGGCCUGAAGGAGCUGCGACAGCAGGUGAAGGAUCUGGAGGAGCACUGGCAGAAACACCUGGCGCGCACGUCGAGCCGCUGGAAGGACAGCCCCAGGAAAAGCACGCUGGGCGAGCUGCAGGACGAGCUGAUGAGCGUCAGGCUGCGGGAGGCCGAGGUCCAGGCCGAGCUCCGGGAGAACAGGCAGAGGAUGCUGGAGCUGGAGACGCAGAACCAGAUUCACUGCAACCAUCUGCGGCGGGCGGAGCUGGAAGGGCGGAGCCUACAGGAGCGUGUGCAGCAGCUGACUGCGCAGAACAAGGAGCUCCUGGGGCAGCUGCAGCAGUCCAAGCGCAAGCAGGCCGAAACCGAGUGCAUGAACAGAGAGGAGGUGAUGGCCAUCAGGCUCCGGGAAGCUGAAAAGAUUGCGGCCAUGGCUGAACUGCAGCAGCAGAUCUCUGAGCUGGAGAUCCAGAAAGAAGAAGGCAAGGUCCAAGGCCAGCUAAAUAGCUCCGAUUCCAGCCAAUACAUCCGCGACCUGAAGGAGCAGAUCGUAGAGCUUCAACAAGAGAUUCGCUGCUUAAAAGGCCAGAGGGGCUUGACCAACCCGGACACUUUUGACCGACUCCACAUGGUGGGCCGCUAUAUCAGAGACGACGAGUCGUACCACUCCUCGGACGACGACGCAAGCAGGAACCUGCUGCCGGGCGCCCCUUCCCCCUUCGCCUCCCGCCACGACGGCCGCCGCAUCAUGCUCCACCCUAACCUGGCGGACACAGACAGCGAAGAGGAAGAGGAAGAGGAGGCCUUGCGCCUCUCGGUCCCCCCCACCGGAGGCCACGCCCACAACGGCCACAAAACCACCUCGGUGUGACCGCAGCACAGACUAGCUGAAGGGCCUGGCGGGGGCAGGGGAAGGGUCUAACACUACACACAUAAGCCGAGCGUUCGGGGCUCGAUCAACAAAAGGGUUACUUCCAUGUAAGGAAUCUUUUUUCAACCACAGAGAAUAACCUAAGAGACGAUUUAAGGUUUCUUUCUUUUUUUUUUUUUUGCUGUUGUUUUUAUUUAAUUUUUUAAAUUUUUUAAUUUUUUAUUUUGCCUUACUUCUGCCAAAAUCAAAAUGGAUGUACAUAUCAUUGCCAUUCCAUAGACUGCAGCCGGAGCAGCUAAGGCAAACCCGGCUGCCAUUUUGUGACAAUGGGCGGAGACUCCGCAAGACUGAACGCUGAGGAAGACAUCACUAUGGCAACCAAGGGACUCUCACACUUACCGUAGGGAGAGUUUGUGCAAUAUCAUGUUUUAUGGUCGUUGUUUGAAACUUUUUUUCUUUUUUUCUUUUUUUCUUUUUUUUUUUAACUUUUUUUUUACAUUUUUUAUUAUGUUUUGCCCUUUUUCAAUAAUAAGGAUUAACCAGCCUCAGAACAUGAAAAGUAAAAGUUUUACCCUACAGAAAUGAACAAAAUUACUUUGAAAUGCGAUUCCUUAAAAACACUUGGUAUAGUUGAACCUCUGAGAUAGAAAGCUCAUAUUUGGACUGAAUUGCUUGUUCUACCUAGCUCUGUUCUUGGCCAGUAACUUUGUUUUUCAGCUAUCAACAUAAAGGCAUUUCUUUCUUUAUGAAAAUUUCAAUUUACUGUUUAUAAAGUUGAUAUAUUUGAGAGCUAAGAGCUAUUUUCUUCUUUUUUUUUUUGCUCAGUUGUCAACUACAGACACAUUGCUCUUAUGCAGUUUGUACCUUAAUCCCAUUUUGCCUAUUCUUCAGCAUUGGUGUAUCACAGCAAACUCCAAAAACACUAUUCUUUUAUUAUUUUUUAAUUAUGGGAAGGUCAGUAUAUGAUAACAAGAAUAGCAUGAACAAAAUCACAUAUUUACAAAUAGACAUGCAUAGCAGGUCCCUGAACAGGAGAAAAAAAGGACAUUCUAAUGACAUCUCACUUAUUGCUUUAAUAUGGUUGAUUUAAACUAUGAUUCAUAGCUACAUUGUUAUAGUAACUUUCCAAUAUAAAAUUCAAAUUCUUAAAAUGUUUUACUCUCCUUUCAAGGUUACAAAUGUUUCAAAACUCUGAAAGACCCCCUUUCCAAUGCGUUCGUAUCUCAGAGGUUCUACUGAAAUGCCAACCAUCAAGGAUGGGUUUUCUGAACUCUGAUCUUCGAGUAGUCUGCCUUGCUCUGGCGACCUAGCCGUCACGCUCUUGGUUAAGCUCAGUGACUUCUUUAAAGCUAAAAUGCAGAAAUGUUCAAUAAUAAGGUCACAGGUAAGCUGGACAUGAAUCUGGUUGUUAUUUUUCAGGAAAGCCUAGGUCAACCCAGCUCAAUACCUUGGUGCAUGCAGAUAAAUCUGGAUCCCACGGCUUAUCUGAGACACCAAUAUUUUAAGGUCAUGGAACAACGUCAGAUUUCAAGUUUUGGUGCAGUGCACCUGUAAUAUCAGAAAUGUAAGUCUGUUAGACUCACAUGAUCUUGUUGGUAUCUUAUGGUCAAUUAGGGACUUUAUCUGUAUAUAUAUAUAUAUAUAUAUAUAUAUAUUCACACUAUGUAUAUGUUCUCCUCUAAAUAUUUGAAUAUUGACUUGAAUAUAUGGAAAACAUGGAUCAUUGCAGCUCAUCUGCUCUGAAGCAUCCAGUGUACAAUUCAUCUUAAAGGGACGUCACUCUAAUGUAUUCUCACAUUGAACAGAAGUGCUCGACAGGCAAACAUUUUAAAAUGUAUAUUUAUGAAUAUUUCCAAUUACAAUGUAUAGACCGACAUCUACAGAUAGUAAGGUUUUGUAUAAUCAAUAUGUAAAGACAUCUUAAGACAAACAUGGCUGGUUACUGAGAAAUGGUGAGCAUUAGUAAAGGCAUUCAGUUGGUAACAGUCGCAAUGGACAUAAUUCAAGGAGGGUCCUGCUCAUGGUUGAAAUGAUGAAGCCUAUGUUUACCAAAAUCAACACUAUGACUACACUACUUUUUUGAUAAGUCAAGAGUUGCUAGAAUCACUAUCAAAUCUGAAAAUAGUCAGUCAGGUUGGGAUGUUUUAAUCAUUUUUGAAAGAUAAAAUUUGACGCCCUGAGUUGUUCCUGUAGGCAAGUAUUAUUUUAUACCAGGAGUGUGUUUACAUUACUAGGAACCUAUUUGCAAUGUCUCGCACAGUGCGUCAGUGAUGGGAACUUGGCUGUGAUUGAAAGGGAGGUCUUGCAGUCAGGCGUUCAAAGGAUAAUGGAAAUAAACACAUUCAAACCAUUAAGCUCUACAUGGAUUCAGCUUUCUAGGCCUGUUUUAUUAUGUAUGUGUGAAUAGUAUGUGUAUGUGUCUGUAUAUAUACAGUUCUGCCACAAAUAAUGGAAACAUAAUUUAAACUAUAAGCAGUUUAAAGAUUAAUGCAAUAUUUUCUUGCCAUUUCUCUUUUUUGCUAAAUAUAAUUGUAAGCCAUUAAUAUCAACAUAAAUGAAGAAAUAAUCAGGAUUUAUGUUAAACAAGUAAUAACUAUUACACCUGCAAAUAUGUAUUAGUUAUAUUACUUCAUACCUAUGUAAUUGCGCAGUCUAAUGUAUCUUACUGUUAGAAAUUUUGAACAUGUAUUUCUUUGUCCACAGUUUUUUUUUUUUUUUUUUUUACAUAAAAUGAUGAUCAUGCAAAGAAAGCCACUUGCUUUGUAUACUAGCAUGUAUACUUUAUUUCAAAUUCCCGAUGGUCACAUAUCAUUACCACUCACGAAAUAGCACAGAUGAAAGUUUUGUGAGUACUGAACUUCUUUAAUCACAGUGUUUCCUCAAUUUGUGCCAGUGCUGUAUACAUUCUGCAGCUAUGCAUUCUAACACUUCUGUUUGGGUUUGUAAAUUCAUAAUUUCCCAGUGUUUUGUUCUUGUCGCACUGGUGCAUUGAUUCUCACAUUGUGUCAAGGGCUUUUUACGAUGCACUUAGUUCAUCCUUACUUAAUGUGUAUAUAAUAUUAAUACAUCUUGUACAGUAAUAAUAUCAUCCUUUCUCGGGGGGUUCCACAGUUUCUAGUUUUUCUGAUCUUUGCUCAUAGACCGGCGAUACCUGUAUCAGUAAAGAUUGGUUGAACCAUUGUGAUUUAAAUUAUUUUACCAGUGGAUCUCAGUGGCCCCACUUAAUGUAUUCCCAGGAUGCACUACAGGCACGACACGUCUCCAUGAUCCUAUUUUUUGGUGAUUAUACUAAAGUCAGCGGUGGGAGGUGUAUGGAUUGUUACUCAGUGUUGGUAUGUUCACCUGCUGUGGACACAUGGCGGAUGAAUACAGUCGAGGCAGAGACAAAUCGCGGGUGCAUAGCAAAGUACCGGUCAGUGGACAUAGAAAUGAUCACACUAACCUUCAUAUGAAAAAGACUUGUGUGAUGUGUUCUAAAUAAAAUGUACAUGAUUUUUAAAA